UCUCUCUACAUCUCUCUUGGCAGCUAAACGAGGGCGGGAAGGCAGUGUUCCUUGCAAGUCCCCGCGCUGAGCCGUAGCAGGCACAUUGAACGGCCUCCGCUCUCUCCACGCUGCGCUAUUUUCACGUUUUCGCGGUGUGAGCUCCAGCAGCCGGACUGCACCCGCAUAUAAAUAGGAACAUUAUGGCGGCAGAUCAACAACACAUGGAUGUCAUCGACGCGGCAAAGGCUGGUGACCAGCAUCGGCUGCGCAGCUACCUGGAUGAGCGGAACGGCGACGUGAAUCUGCGAGACGACUCAACGCAGGGCACUCUUCUCCACACGCCUACCACCUUUAUCGCAGAAGGCAGAAGACAAUACGCGGCCAUCAAAGGGGAGAGAUAG